AUGAAUCCGAAAAAUCUAUGGAAUUGGAUUUACAAAAAAGCGUCAAAUCAUAAUCUUUUCAUACUGGAAGAAGACGAUUAUGAUGAUGAUGCAUUGAAAGAUCCAGCUGCUGUUGUAAAAAAACAAAAAUAUAAAACCUGGUUGUACAUUGGACUUCUCACAGUGUGUUUUUACAUAUUGUUUUAUGCAACCCUGACAAGACCUCAAUCGGAGACACUUGUUAUUUCCAAUGUAAAGUCUGAUACUUUUGAUCAAUUGUAUUCGGAGUAUGGUCAAACUUUUGCAUGCCCAUGCUCAACGGUCAUAAUACCAUACAGGAAUUUUAUAUCGAACAAUUGGGCAAUGCACCCUAUUUGUUCGAGUAUUUUCGUCAGUCUGAAAUGGGUUGAAGGAUUGUAUUUUACAAAUGCAAGUUCGUACAUGCUGUAUGAUUUUCGAAAAGUGGCCUAUUCACAGUUUGAACUUUUAUCCAAAUUAUGUUCAAUUUCCGAAGCAAUCAUAUCUCAAAUCGAAUCCGAGAUAAAUAACACUGAACUUGUUACUAUUAAUGUUCUUUCCAAGACGCAAAUUCAACUGGAAGUCGAUAGCAAAAUUGAAUUUCAGAAGAACAAUGCCUAUGGUCGAAUGAUCUCGUUCUUGAAUUACUGGAGAACAACAAUUCAAAGAAACUUUUUGGUUUCAGCCCUCGGUACCAACUGGCAGAUUUACCAAUGGUAUACUACUAGUCCGCCUACCUUAGCAGGCACUGGAGCGACUUAUUUUAUAGAAAGCUUACUUUUCUCUAAAAAAUGUGGCGUCGAUACAUUUGCAGUUUCUGCAUUUCUUCCUUCACCAUCAAAUGAUUCAGAAUACGUUGGGCAGCAAUGGCCGUUUUUAAUCAAUUAUGUAUCCGUCCAUGGGUUCUUCGCGGCAUGUACUCCUCUCGAUGGACUUCUUCAAAGUACGAUGGAUUGUUUAUAUGAAUCUGAAUGUAUGCAAUGGUUAUUGAACUAUUUUCCAAAUCUAAAUCAAACAAACUUCAAUUGGAGCAGUUCGAUUUUAUCUGCAAAACAUGAUAACAAAACUGUACUUGAUUAUUUUCAAACUCUCUUUAUUCAGAGCUGGAUUUCCAACAUGAAUUAUUCGGCAUAUUUCGACCAAUGUUCUCCGUCAAAGUGUACAUACUCCACGACAACUCGAGUACACUUAUCCUAUGCAAUCACUUUUCUCAUUAGUCUUUAUGGCGGUCUUAUCAUAAUACUUCGUUUAUUUGUCUCGUAUUUAAUUGAUAUUUUAUUCAAAUUCGUACAUCAUCAAAAGCAUACAAGUGAAAGUUCGGGCGAACAAAACCUAUACACAUUUAAAUCAGUUCCAUUGUUGAAACAAUUGAAUCUAUUCAAAAAUGUUAAUCAUCGGACAGAGAGUAGUCUAAAACAACAAAGAAUUAUCACUCGUGUCUAUUUGAUAUUACUAAUCGUUGAAAUCUUAGGUUCAAUAUGUGUUCUUUGUCUCUUCAAUUCACUAAGCAGUGAAAUAGCGACGACUGUCGUGUCAAAUCCAUCGUUAGCAGCUUAUAAUUUAUUAGAAAUGAAAUAUUCAACAGAACUUCGAUGUCCAUGUGCGAAUAACACCAUGCCCUAUCGCACAUUUAUCUCACUAUCGCCCGUUUUGCAUCAAAUAUGUUCAAGUGGAUUCGUUACGAAUGAUUGGAUUUAUCAAAUAAUGAGCAAUAUGUUCAUUGUCGUCUCCUAUGAUUGGCGUCUAAAGGCAUAUAAACAAUUUCAGAUUCUCUCUGACCUAUGUCAAUUAGCUAACGCGACGAUCGAUGCAGCUAUGGACAAAUUUCUUUCACAAUUGUUUGUUGUUUCUUCUGUUCUAAGUGAAAUGGAUUUUGAUCAACAAUUAAACGCAACUCUCAGCCAAUUUUAUCAAUCAACAGCUUACAGUUUCGCCUUACCAAAUAACAUCAUACAACUUAUUCAGAAAACUAAUCAAUAUCAUGAAGGAUUCGCAUCGCAAUACAUGCCGCCUAAUUAUCCGGAUUCUACUUUAAUAUUUAACGCAGUAAACAGCCAGGUAUAUUUUCGCUUAUAUGGUAUUCAAGAUGUUACCACAGGACUAAUCACAUGUGUGUGUGCUAUCAAUCCUUACUGUCAAAGGCCAGCAAUUCUCAACGAUUUUAAUCUAAUAAACAAUUAUAACUCUUGGUAUGGAUAUGGAUCUAAUCAUAACUUAUCUGGCUGGGUUGAACGCUGCCUUGCUCAUGAAUCUCUUCUACUAUCGACACUCGAAUGCUUAUAUACAAAUUCCAGUUGUUUUCCCUUCUUAUUGAGCUACAUAACCAAAGCAAAUACGGAUGCGCUGUCACUUUUAACAUCUUCAUCACGUCUACGUCCUCUCACCUAUGAUCCAGUAGUGAGUCGCUUUCCUCCCAAUACCCCAAUUUCCAUAAUAGUCAAUGAAGUGAUGCUUGAAACAUGGAAUGCUAUUUUGUCAUAUGAAAAAUUCUACGAAUCGUGUGCGCCCUUGUAUUGUUCUUAUUCGCAAAGUGUACGAAAGGAAAAUUUUCUUGGAGUCAUCAUCGUAUUGGUGUCAGCUGUUGGUGGAAUCAUAGUAUCAUUACGUAUUAUAACCCCUCAUCUUGUUCAUUUUACGUUGAGAAUCUUGGUAGGAACGAGCGAAAAGUCAAAUCAAUCUGAACAAGUUCGACGGAGCUGUACUAAUCGACUAAAGAUGAUGAUACGGAAUGUAAUUAAACUUCUUUAUACUGCACUUACUGAAUCGAAUAUAUUUUCAUUACGUGAUGUCGGAAGCGACGUUGAUCGAAUGAAAGCGAAAAAUUAUGGUCAGUGGGCAACGCGUCUUUAUAUGAUACUGCUCAUCAGCAGUCUCAGUAUUUUGGUAUUCUACACAAUUAUCCAGCCGCAUUCUGUGAUUAAGAAAUUUGACCAACCAUCUUUCACUUACUAUAAUCGAUUGAAAGAUAUCUAUGGUGAUGAGUUAAAAUGUUCAUGUUCGAGAAUAGCAUCAACAUAUAGUGAAUUCGUCAGCAUUCAACCAGCAUUUCAUCCAAUCUGUUCAAGUCAAUUUGUUUCGAAUGAAUGGCGGGUUAGUUUAACAGAUGGUCUUGUUGCGAAUUUAUCGAUUUAUGAGAGAACAGAUUAUCGUCGGUUUCUUUCUGCNUGA